CGCAUGUGCAGUGCAACCAAUAUGGCGCAUAGUUCGAAUGCUGCGUACCAAGACAAUGAAGAAGAUCGGCUCGAAAGGGAACAUUUUCAGAAAGUAUUGAGAACAUUUCGGAAGUAUAAGAGUCAUGGAAUUGAAAGAGUCACUAAAUGUCAAUCAGACUUUCAGAGAUUACCACAGAAUCAUCAGAAAAUGUUACCAGAUUUUAUCCGUCAUCUUGGUAGCAUUAGAACCUGCAUUGAACACAACUAUGAAUUCAUAUUACAGAUAGUGAAGAACACGGACAAUAUGUUUGAAAACCGAGAACAUGGUAUAAAUACAGGAUUUGAUUUGAUUGUGCCUCUGACAUCUAUUGAGAUGGAUAAAGUCCAGACAACACUGAGACAGUUUGUGCGAGACUGGUCAGAAGAUGGACAAAAAGAAAGGGAUACUGACUAUAAGCCAAUCAUUGAAGAAAUCAUGAAAAGAUUUCCUCCAGACAAGUGUGAUGUGAGUAAAAUCAGUGUUCUUGUACCUGGUGCUGGUUUAGGAAGACUUGCUUAUGAAAUAGCUGGGAAGGGUUAUAUAUGUCAAGGAAAUGAAAUCAGUCUAUUCAUGUUAUUUUCUUCUAACUUUAUUCUUAACAGGUAA